GACUCCUCAGAAAGCAAGAAGUGGACCGGUGAUCAUGCCUGGAAACAAAAACCUGGCCGUUGAGAAGCUAGACAAGGUCUGCAGGUGGAGCAUCACUACAUAUAAGUGUACCAGGCAGGUUCUGUCAGAGAAGAUGGGUCGUGGGUCCCGCACGGUGGAUCUGGACCUGGAGCCCCGACUGGAGGUCCUGUCAGACGACCGUCAACGCUACAGUCAUGUGACCAAGCUGGCACAGACGCUGGCCAAUCAGCUCGCCCAGAUGUCACUUACCCAGAAGUCCCUGGGGGACGCCUUCGCUGACCUCAGCCUCAAAACACCAAAGCUACAUGCAGAGUUUGGUCUGAACGCCGACACCCAGAAGUUUCUGUCCAGGACCGGGGAGACUCUGGUGGAGGCCGUUAACUCCUUCACUGCCAACAUGAACACCCUGGUGAAUAAGACCAUAGAGGACACCAUGAUCAACGUGAAGCAGUACGAGACUGCCAGGAUCGAGUACGACGCAUACCGCUGUGACCUAGAGGAGCUGAACAUGGGGCCGCGAGACGCCUCCACCCUCCCCAAACUGGAACAGUCCCAGAAAACCUUCCAGGUCCAGAGAGACAAGUACCUGAAGACCCGCAAUGACCUGUCAACCAAACUCAAACUGCUGGAGGAGAAUAAGGUCAAGGUUCUUCAUAACCAGCUGUGGUUGCUCCACAGCGCCGUGUCCUCCUACAGCUCCUCCUGUCAGCAUCGUGUGGAGGAGAACCGGAAGAGGGUCUCUCUGCUGGACCCCAGCGUGGCCUCGCUCUCCUGGCUGGAGGACAGUUGACCUGCAGGCAACACACAGGGACAAAUUAAUCCAAAGCUACUGGUACAGACAGACGACCGCGCCCUUUUUAAUGACGGAUAAACGGACUUUUAGAUAGCUUGAAGGUAUGCUAGGUAGGCAGGAAGAUGGGAGGAUGGACAGAAAGAUUUAUAUUUCGGUGGUUUAUGCCGGAGAGGAAAUGUGUGUUGUGUGUUGUUUAUUGGAGUUGGCCAUAACGAGCUUUUGACUGACAGCUCAAAUCACUGCCGCCAUCAGUCAAACUCAUAUCAGAGCUAAAUGUACAAAUUUAACCAGCAAAGUUAACACCUCUACUCCUGUUUCAUCUAACUCCUCCACCCUUUCAAUGGCGAACAUCGCUCCUUCACCACCUGACCUUUGACCCUGACAGUGUGUGACCCCUGGUCUAUUUUCUGGAGAAACACGUCGGAGUCCAGUUAUAAGGUCUUCCGGCGUGUUUCAUGGUGUUUGAAAGUGCGACCGUCAGUCAGGGUCACCAAGACUGCCUUUGAACUUUGAACCCCUCCAAAGACGUCGUGGUGCCAUGUCACAAUCCUCUACACUAAUGUGUGUGGCUCAGUUCUCGGACGACGGCGGACCGGCGUGUUAUAAAACGCUCCGCUCCAUCCUUCUCUUUGCAGCCGUGCCGUCGACUGUGUUGAAAUGUUUGUUUUGCAGGUGUUAAAGCCACGGUCACGUUACCGCCAACGUUUGAUGAAUGUCUUUAUUUCAGUGCAAUCUCCUGACGAAGACCAAAACUUGAAUCCAUCUCAGAAGCCCGCUGCACCUUCCAGCACUCCAGAAAUACUCAUUUACAUUCCACCCGCACCCUUUGCACCGCCCUGCUGAUGUUUCCAGCUGUUUCGUAUGGAAGCCGUCACCUGCAGCGUGUCCUGAAACACGCCUGGAGAGUCGUUAGCAUAAUGUCUCGUUAGCCAGGUUCCCUUCUUAGCUGUGUGUCCUGACCCUUAUGUGUUUUAGCGUCUUCCUGUCUGGGUUGCUGUGAUAUCCUGCGUCUAGUCCGACAGCAGCAACUCCACGAAAACACCAACAACCAAACUGUGGAUGCUUUGUGCAAUAUUGUUUUCUCUUUUAAAGUCGUUUUCGGGCAUCCGGGUGGCGUGGCGGUCUAUUCCGUCGCCUACCAACACAGGGAUCGCUGGUUCAAAUCCCCGUGUUACCUCCGGCUUGGUCGGGCGUCCCUACAGACACAAUUGGCCGUGUCUGCGGGUGGGAAGCCGGAUGUGGGUAUGUGUCCUGGUCGCUGCACUAGCGCCUCCUCUGGUCAGUUGGGCGCCUGUUCGGGGGGAGGGGGAACUGGGGGGAAUAGAGUGAUUCUCCCACGCGCUACGUCCCCCUGGUGAAACUCCUCACUGUCAGGUGAAAAGAAGCGGCCGGUGACUCCACAUGUAUGGGAGGAGGCAUGUGGUAGUCUGCAGCCCUCCCUGGAUCAUCAGAGGGGGUGGAGCAGAGACCGGGACGGCUCGGAAGAGUGGGGUAAUUGGCCAAGUACAAUUGGGGAGAAAAAGGGGGACAUUUUUAAAAAAAAGUAAUUUUCCACUUUGAACAAGAAUACUUUUACCUUUUUAUGUGCUGCUUUAUAAUCCUAAGUGGUCUGCCAAUAACAUUGGCCUGUCUGGGCACCCUUACCCAGCACCACACACUGCUUUAGCUUCUUUACCUUUUGGCUGUGAUGGCUACAUGUCUGCCAGCACAUCUAGGAGACUAAACUUAUAUUGAAAUAAAUGAGUAAUUGAUGACUAUUUCCUUCAUUAGUUUGUUCUGAUUUCCACUUAAGAAGGAACAUUUCAGUUUUGAACAGAAUAAAGUCCUGGACGCGUCCUCUAGCAAGGUGGUUUUGUAAAGGGGGGCGUCUCAGUUGAAUGUCUUUGUGCUAAUCCUUCAACGUAAGCCACGCCGAUCAGAGUUCGUGGUAUAAAAACGAUAUUUUCUGAGGUGUCGGUGUAAAUCAUCCGGGAUAAUAAAGCCGG